AUGCGAGAAAUUACAUGGCACUUCAUACCACCUGCUUCCCCACACUUUGGAGGUUUGUGGGAGAGUGCAGUCAAAUCAGCUAAAAGGCAUCUUCUUCGAGUGUCAAAGGGAGUGUUGUUAAUAUUUGAUGAAACCAGAACUUUAUUAUGUCAAAUUGAAGCUGCAUUGAACUCUCGGCCUCUAUCUCCACGUUCAUUAGACCCAAACGAUUUCGAUGCACUGACACCAGGUCACUUCUUAAUUGGUGGUCCGCUCAUGCUACCACCUGAGCCUGAUCCAUACCGCAGAACCGCUUAA